AUGUUUCAUGACAACAGACGUGCACCAUUUCAGCGGGCUGUUACUGUUUUGACGAUUCUUAGAUACUGUCACUUGUCUGGCACCUGUAACAUCUCAACUCCCACCCACAACCCCUCAUCCACUCAACUACCACCCACAACCCCUUAUCCACUCAACUACCACCCACAACCCCUCAUCCACUCAACUACCACCCACAACCCCUCAUCCACUCAACUACCACCCACAACCCCUCAUCCACUCAACUACCACCCACAACCCCUCAUCCACUCAACUACCACCCACAACCCCUUAUCCACUCAACUACCACCCACAACCCCUCAUCCACUCAACUACAACCCACAACCCCUCAUCCACUCAACUACCACCCACAACCCCUCAUCCACUCAACUACCACCCACAACCCCUCAUCCACUCAACUACCACCAACAACCCCUCAUCUACUCAACUACCACCAACAACCCCUCAUCUACCACCCACAACCCCUCAUCCACUCAACUACCACCCACAACCCCUCAUCCACUCAACUACCACCCACAACCCCUCAUCUACCACCCACAACCCCUCAUCCACUCAACUACCACCCACAACCCCUCAACUACCACCUAUACCCCUCAUCCAUUCAACUACCACCCACAACCCCUAAUCCACUCAACUACCACCCACAGCCCCUCAACUACCACCAAAAACCCCUCAUCCACUCAACUGCCACCCACAACCCCUCAUCCACUCAACUACCACCCACAACCCCUCAACUACCACCCACAACCCCUCAUCCACUCAACUGCCACCCACAACCCGUCAUCCACUCAACAACCACCCAAUACCCCUCAACUACCACCCACAACCCCUCAUCCACUCAACUGCAACCCACAACCCCUCAACUACCACCCACAACCCCUCAUCCACUCAACUGCCACCCACAACCCCUCAUCCACUCAACAACCACCCAGAACCCCUCAACUACCACCCACAACCCCUCAUCCACUCAACUACCACCCACAACCCCUCAACUACCACCCACAACCCCUCAUCCACUCAACUGCCACCCACAACCCCUCAUCCACUCAACAACCACCCAGAACCCCUCAUCCACUUAACUACCACCCACAACCCCUCAACUACCACCCACAACCCCUCAUUCACUCAACUACCACCCACAACUCCUCAUACACUCAACUACUACCCUCAAGCCCUCAACUACCACACACAACCCCUCAUCCACUCAACUACCACAAACAACCCCUCAUCCUCUCAACUAGCACCCACAACUCCUCAUCUACCACCCACAAACCCCUCAUCCACUCAACUACCUCCCACAGCCCCUCAACUACCACCCACAACUAUUCAACUACCACCCACAACUCCUCAUCUACCACCCACAAACCCCUCAUCUACUCAACUACCACCCACAACCCCUCAUCCACACAACUACCACCCACAACCCCUCAUCCACUCAACUACCACUCACAACCAUUCAACUACCACCCACAACCCCUCAUCCACUCAACUACCACCCAUAACCAUUCAACUACCACCCACAAUCCCUAA